AAACUUUUCGAAGUAGGCAGUGUUUUCGUAGAAGGACAAAGACUUAUCACAUGGAAUUGACAGGUUAAUCAAUUUCUCAGCAUAAGAAAAGUUAGAUCAACUAGAAAUAUGGUAAGGGUAUCCAGAAUUUCACUAUGUCAGUGAAUGUGUGUCUGAUUUAGGAAGCAUUCUCCACAUAGAGGUAUAUGUGUUCAUCGCCGAGGACGAAUUGGUUGUCGUCGACUUUUCUUGUCGAAAGCUUUCGAUCAUUUGUAUGUAUUUCAAGUUAUGAUAACCAUGUCCUCUGGAUAUCACAUAUUUUGAGUUUUUUACUCUAUUUUUGUGUAACACAUGUCAUUUAUAGGCUGGUGUCUUUUAAAGUUUAACGAGGAACGUUUGAAGUGAUUAAGGAGAACACGCACACGCGCUCGUGUUAUUACUAAAACUUCAUUGAAAGGUAUCGCUAGAUUAACGGGUUCAAGGCAAUGAAUCACUGCAUAUUCUCCCUGUUUUUAUUUUUCAGGAUGUUCUCAAAACGAACGGAGUUAACAACAACGCGAAUCCACAACGCGUUGCCCUGAAAGAAACACAAGACUUGAAAGUUAGACUGCAAGAAUGCCUUCACUUAUCGACAUCGAACAACCAGGCUAAUCGACAAUUGCAACAGGCAACUCACAAGCCGAAUGGAUGGAUAAAACAAGAACACUCUUCUGCACAAAAACACCGUCAACAUCAUCAUCAUGUUGAACGAACAGAUGACAAAUCGUCUGCACAUUCACGAGAUGAAAAUAAAGAAAACAACGAGAAAGAAAACUUAAAGAAGUCCAAGUAAGAAGUUAAUUCUUGUCGAAUUAUGAACCAUACGUGAGAGAUGGAAAUCUUGCGUUGUACUUCUAAGUACAACAUUCUUUCCAUAAUGUUUAAAUAUAUUUCGUUAUUUAACAGGACCUGUUGGUCAUUGGACGACUUUGAUAUUGGCAAGCCGCUUGGAAAAGGUUGGUUUCUUGUCAAUUUUGCAUGCACACAGAUCAAAUUUCCAAACGAGCUCGUAUCUUGGCGCGUUGCCUCUUGUGAGAAUUUUUUGGCGAUCCUUUCAUGUUUGAAAGUGAAAUGAAAAACAUACACACACCACUGGUGGAUAAUGCUGUUUCUCAGGUUCUUUCCUUAUUUAAUAUUACACAGGCAAAUUUGGAAAUGUUUACUUGGCAAGGGAAAAGAAGAGUAAAUACAUUGUAGCCCUCAAGGUAUGUCAAACACGACUGGUUAUGGAGAUUCAUAUAUAUAUAUAGAUUAUAUAUCAUCCUUCCAUAGUUUAUAAUUUGACAAUAUCAUCUGAACAACACACCAGGCUCAACUUCAAUUUAAGAAAGGAAUUCAAUUAGAUUAACUAAAAAUCAAACUUAAGAAACCCUCAACUUCUACCUGAAACUUUGUCCAUCAUGAAGCUGAGCUGAAAUCGGCAUAGACCUGUUCACAAUUGAAACUGCAAGAUAGACAAUCAUUUAAAACUGAUAGAUCAGAAAUCAGAGCCAAACAGACUUCCCAGUAACUUCCUUUCGUAAAACCUUAUUUUGAUUUUAAAGAUGAGGAUCUGAAUCUCACAUAAAUGAGAAAUAUCAAGCCAAGAAAAAUAUAUCCACUGAGUAAUUUCCAUCUAAACACCUGUCUACAAAGAAUGGCAAAUGUAUAUGCAAUUUUUUCCUUUCUUACCAUAUGUUUCACAUGACAGAAUCACCUUUGCAUACUUGAGGUCUUUCUGUGUUCUGCCAUACUCUGCAGACUGGUCUAUUCAUAACAAAUGUGCAAGGGUGUUCUUGCAUAGUAGACUUGAUCCUUGUUUCUGGUACGUUCUCGCUAAGGUAAAUGCUGCUGAAAUUCAGGGGAAAUAUUCGUAUUCCUUUUUCAGCAUACUAUCUCACUUCAAUCAUUUUUCUUUUUCAACUAUUUUCAGGUCUUGUUUAAAUCACAGCUAGAGAAAAGUAAUGUGGAACACCAACUUAGAAGAGAAAUUGAAAUCCAGUCUCAUCUCAGGUGAGCUUUAAGAUUUUGGGCAACUUAUGAAUACUGAUAAAAAUAAAUACGUGGAUUCAGUCUAAAACAUUACAUGUUUGACUGGUGGCCAUUAAUGAUAAUUUAAAAUGGUCACUGAUUUUCUGAAUCAAUGGCCUCUUUCUGUUUUAAAUUUGAGGUGCUGCCAAGAUGUCCAGGAAUUAAACAUACAUGCCAUAACUCCUUUUUUUAUAUAUUUUUUUGAUAGGCAUCCCCAUAUCCUUCGCCUUUUUGGUUAUUUCUAUGAUAAGACAAGAGUAUAUCUUAUCUUAGAGUAUGCCCCAAAAGGUGAACUGUACAAAGAGUUAAGUAAAGUUGAGAGAUUUGAUGAGAAAACAUCCUCAAAUGUAAGUAUCUCGUACAGUCAUUGUAAUAUCUUAAUAUGUAACUUGUUUCCAUCAUUUCAUUUCAACUUACCAACAGGAGUGCUUACAUAUAGUAUUUAUCAUUCAAUCAGCUUGCAAUAUUUGCUGAGGGCCUUUCCACACUAGCACACAAAACUAAAAUUGUCGUGAAAAAAUCAAAGGACAAUGACAAUGACAAUGACAAUGACAAAUGUUUCUUUUGUUUGUUACAUCCAUAUUAAAAAUUUCAAAGGCAUCGCAUUCUAUCAGUGCCUGAUCGGUUCAUAAGGCUGGCCAUCAUAGUUUGGCCAAUAUCCAGGAUUUAUCCUAUCUUAAGUUGUGUUAAAAUUUAAGAAUCCCUGAGUUUUGCAACAAAAGAACAUUUUUGCCUUUCUUGUAAACUGAUUUCAGUUCAAUUACACACUGGUCAUAGCUUUUAUGACAACUGAGCAACAAGUUUAUCAUCUAUGUUGAGUUUGUUCAGUUUUUACCUAGGACAAACUUUGCUAGUGGUGCACCAAAGAUUUGUCAGGUUUGGCCAAAAUUCAUCAAGUCAUGACAAACACUAGUGCAGAAAGGCCCUAACUGAAAUAAAACAGCCAGAAAAUAACUCUUGUUUAAAAUUUGUUGAGUUUACAAUGUGGCAGUUCUUCUACUGAGAUAUAACUACUUAGUACCUUUCUUGCAUACCUCUUUAGUAUAUUCGUCAACUAGCACAAGCCUUAAAGUAUUGUCACUCAAAGAAAGUCAUCCAUAGGGACAUCAAACCAGAAAAUCUUCUUCUUACUCUCAAGGUAAAAACACAACACUCUUCACUCAAUUACUAAUUAGAUGUGGAAUUCUAAUUUUAGUUGAGGUUUGCUAACUUUAACCCCUUAGCUCUCAAAAGUGAUCAAUAUGUAGCCUCUCCCUAUAAUAUUUAUACAUUAUCCAGCAACCAGGUAAUGAGAAUACUCAAACUUAUCGGGUAGAAGUUGUUGUCUUGAUCUAACACCAAAUUCCUGUAACUAAUUUACAAGGAAUGUGUAGCAGCUAGAGGGGAGAAAUGACUAUCAGAUUUUGAGAGUUAAAUGUUUGACAACCUUCUUGGUGCUUCUUUAUCACAAUUUCAUUUUUAAUUACAGGGAGAUUUGAAAAUUGCUGAUUUUGGUUGGUCAGUUCAUGCUCCUUCAUCAAGGUAAAAGCAAAAAAAAAAACUAUUGACUUAAUAUAUACAUGUUGUAAUAUCCUUUAAUAACCUCAGGUGUCCUUUAGGCCUUAGAGGAUAAGUCAGUGAGUAAAUAUUUGCAAAGUAAAUGUACUAAAUAAUGCAACAUUAUCAAAUACCAACAUCUCUUUGUUAAGUAACCAGUGGCACAUUCUCAUCAUUAUUAUUAUCAUCAUUGAAUUUUACUAUCAUCUUAUAACUACUGUAAUAAUCAUAAAUAAUUUCAGGCGAACAACACUCUGUGGAACACUGGAUUAUCUCCCACCUGAGAUGAUUGAAGGAAAAGCACAUGAUGAGAAGGUAGUUCUUUGGAAACAAUUUUGAAAUAAAUUGCCUAACAUAAAAUCAAAUCUUUGUGACAGAAAUUUUGGUAAAUCAUUUGUAGAUUGCUAUGAUUCUAAGACCAGCUAUUAGUAUGUUACAUCUAAAAUGUAGAACUCUUGGAAUUUCCAAGUUCACAAUUCAGGGGGGCUUGCAGGACUAAGUUUCAUCCUUAUAAAAUCUCCAAAGCCAAAGUAUGUGCCACAGAUAAAUACAGGAACAAUUUAGCUGCUGAGCAUGCCUUGAUAGGUCAAAAGCUUUCCAAGUAAUGUCCCUCUAAACCAAAAGAAAAUUGAAACACUCUGAGGAUGAUUUUUAAGUAGUUCCUGGUUGAGUAAAAAGGCUGUACUCAAAAAUGAAUUACAGCCAUCAUGCUGACUCAGCAUUAGGGGGAACACUCCAGUAAACAAAUAAAGUGUGGCCUUCUGCUUCAAGAUAAGCCCUACCCUGAAAUUUACUGAGAAUGGCUAAUAUGUUACAGGUUGACCUUUGGAGCCUUGGAGUGCUGUGUUAUGAAUUUCUUGUUGGAAAGCCUCCCUUUGAAGCUGAUGGUCACCAUGAAACCUAUCGCAGAAUUUCAAGGGUAAGAAAGUAAAGUUUUUAUAGAAGCCUCUGUCAAGUUAACUGCUGUCAUCAUUAUCAAGAAUUUUAUUCAGCUGAAUCAUUAUGUCUACACAGGUUGACCUCAAGUUUCCAAGUUAUGUAUCUGAAGGGGCACGAGACCUAAUUUCUAAGGUAAGCAUAAAGUCACAUGUCAAUUAAGUGUUUUAAAAUGACUGGCAGACACUACAUGACUGAGCUCUCAUGGAUCAAUAGGUGUGAUUAGAUGACAGUUUGUCAGCACAGUUGAGACAUUUUAGAUUUGCAUUUGUAUAAGGGACUAUUUAAUCAAAUUAGGCAAUAGUACCUCUCCUGCUAACAAGACCAUGUAAACACAGGGGAAAAAAGUACAUAAAUUACUUAAUUAACAUUGGCUGCCUAAUGUGCUGUUAAAAAAAAUAUAUGGCCAUUUUGAGAUGUAAAAAAAAAAUGCAAUCACUCUUUUAUGGUCAAAUUAAUUUUUGGACUAAGUUUACGAAAAAAUUGGCUCCUCUCGUACAGUCAUGAGGAUUUUUCAAGAAUAUUGAUUUAUUUGUUGACUAGUAUCAUUAUCUUGAUUCAUCCACAGCUUCUGGUGCAUGAUCCAAGCAAACGGCUUCCCCUUGGUGGCGUGCUUGCACAUCCUUGGAUAAGAAACAAUGCACAGGCCCCAGAAAUGCAAUCUACUUGUAGUUACACAGCAACAAAGCAUUAGUUUCACACAUUCUGCAAAUUUAUUAAUAGUUAAUGUAAAUACCAUAGUUGUCUAUAAAAAACUUAAUUUGUAUAGGCAGGAAAGUUUAUUUUUGCUGAAGCUGUUUAAUUAUGUGCCACUAAAUGACAAAUGAGACUGACAGUAUGUCUUUAACUUCAAUGAUAAACAAUUCAACACUGCAGAGUCAUUUUAAGACAAACAUCUUUACAAAAAAAAGCUUCUAUUAGUUAGUGUACCUUUAUUACAUUUACAGCGUGUGCUCAAUUUCUCACUGGCUUAAGGCAAUGACAUUAUUGUAUUGUAAAAUAAACUUUUUCCCCAACUUCACUACAGCCUUUAAAAUGGAUAUUAGUCAGUGCAAUUACUGUAACACAAAAGAUAAUGUGUUUGUGUUAUGUGGUAAAAUGCUUUAAUGAACCAAUUAAAGUAGUUAUUAUAGAUCCUAGGCUACAUUUCAUUUAUCACCUUCUUGCUUAGUUUUUGGGAAACUAUUGAAAGUAGAGUUUAUCAUUGACUUCACAGGUGGAAUUUUUUUCUAAAAAAAAAAAAGUGCAUGAGGCUUUUUCCAUUCUUUGACCAAUAUUAACAAAUCUUGUUUGGAUUUGUUGCAAACCAAUACAUUUGUAAUAAUGCAGUGACUAUUUGAUGUAUUAAAAUGUUUCCAUCUGCCAAAAGACAUAUUGUUCCUUCACUUUUCAAGCUUUGGGGUUGUAAUGUGUAUUCCCAUUAAUACCUUUUAAGUCAAAAGUGUUGUCAGGAAUGAUGGCCUCAUUUCAAAAAUUUGUGCCCAUAAGAACCAUGUUACCACAUGGGUUUUGGCCAGAAUAAAAACAUUUAGCAUGAAAAUUUUCACUAACACAACAAACUAAGAAAACAAUGAACACCAGAAAUAUUUCUGGAAUGUGAUGGUCUCGAAGGAAAAGAAAAAAAACAGGUUUAAGAAAUAUUAAAUAUAAGCAGUAAUUCUAAAUUCCUCAAAACACUUGGAAAGUGAAUUAAGUGUUAAUUCUUAUUUGG